GUGAGUGUGUGUUGUGUCGCGUCAUCACAAAUAGCGUACAAUAAUUGAAUGCAAUGUUAAACUCAAUUCAAUGAUCACAUCAUCACAUCUAACGUUUGACUAAUGUAUUAGUGAUUUAUUUGUCAUUUAAAUGCCAUUCACUUAACCAUCGAUUAUAUCGUUGGACACAAUGUUAGGAAAAGUUUAUGACAAACUCAAGUGCGGGAUAUGUGGCCAUCAAUUGGUUGUGUAUUAUGUGUUAUUAGUGGUGACACUCACAUCACUACCGCCGACACAAUCGCUUAGAUUUCAUUUACAACCAAACAGUAAGCGCUGUCUUAAAGAAGAGAUGCGUAAAGACGUGUUGGUGACCGGCGAGUAUGAGUUAUCGCCCGCACCGGGACAGAGGACAGACUUAGCGGUGACCGACUCAAAAGGUCACACGGCGUUUGCGAGAGAGAGUCUCGACAAAGGAAAGUUUGCCGUCACAUCUGAUGAAGACGACAUCUUUGAUUUCUGCUUUGUCUCAUACCUGCAAACCGGUCACCAAACGGGUCCCGAACGUGAAGUUCAUCUUGAGAUGAAACACGGCGUCGAAGCAAAAAGUUAUGAAGAGUUGGCAAAUGUAGGAAAACUGAAGCCUUUGGAGAUGGAGUUGACUAAACUGGAAGACCUGUCGUCGUCUAUCGUUCAGGACUUUGAAUACAUGAAGAAGAGAGAAGAGGAAAUGCGAGACACAAAUGAGUCGACCAACAAUCGGGUUCUGUAUUUGUCGAUAUUUUCGAUGUUAUGUUUGUUGGGUUUGGCCACUUGGCAGGUGCUUUAUUUGCGCCGAUUUUUUAAGGCCAAGAAACUCAUUGAAUAGUUUUAUAAUUAUUUUUUUUAGUUCUUAAUUUAAGUAUACUUUAGAUCAAUGAUUGAUAUUAUCAGUGCAUAACAACAAACUUCGAGUCCAUUAUUUGU